AUGGCCGGGAAGCGGGAGCGGAUAGCGAUACGGAGGAUCGACAACCUGGCGGCGAGGCAGGUGACCUUCUCCAAGAGGCGGCGGGGGCUGUUUAAGAAGGCCGAGGAGCUCUCCAUCCUCUGCGACGCCGAGGUCGGCCUCGUCGUCUUCUCCGCCACCGGCAAACUCUUCCACUUCGCAAGCUCCAGAAACCUGAUUUCUCUAUUUCUUGAGAUCGGGGAUUCUUGUCUCCCUGUCUCCAACAACUUGGGUAUGCGGCUGAUCCGCUGUGCCUUUUCUGGAACCAAGCUUGUCUACGACAUGUCACAUGUGGAUUGA